AUGGACCCUUUCUCUGAGCGACUCCAACGGCUCGAUCGAGCGGCGAGAGCCAUAUUUGAGGACACCGGAAUUCGUAUUCAUCCCUGGGAUAGGGUGUUCUCCGAGAAUCUUGCAUAUGUCGCCAUCAAUAUGUAUCGUCUCAUCGGCGGAUAUAUCAAUACCUGGCUCGGCGACAUAAACCCUGAGUACUGGACACGCAGUACCCUCCAAAGUCUGCAAACUCUCCUUCUUCACGCCCUUAGCCAUAUCGAUGAACCGAAUCAGCGGAAAGGGAGACUUGACCAGAUCAAGACUUACUUAGUAACAUGCGCUUUUGCAGACGCCUGGCGUGGCAUGAAGCCUACACUUCAUCCAAGGCAUCUUCAAAACGCACGCCUUUCAUUCUCCAUUUCUCACCACCAAGACCCCACGGACGAGAACACAGCCGACGAGAGCGACAACUCGGAGGCCGAUCCCGUUAUUCCUACACCUGAAAGACCCCGAACGAAUUCUUUGAUCUGCAAGCGUCCUGCAGCCGAGUGUUUCCUUGAGACUUCCCCCAAGCAGCCGCGCCGGCAGGAGAUUGCUGUUUCAGUGACGACAGGCGAUAACACCGAGGAACUUUCACUUCCUAUACAGGUUUGCAAUACUGACUUCUACAGCUCCGCUCAACUGAUUGAGACUUGA